AUGGCUCCCUCUGCCCGUGUGAAACAGCCUCAAGUAGACGUCAAAACGCAACUGGGCCCACAGGCCAGGGAUGGUGAGCACGUCUUCGGUGUGGCCCAUAUAUAUGCUUCCUUCAACGACACUUUCAUUCACGUAACCGACCUGUCCAAUAGGGAAACUCUAGCUAGGGUCACAGGUGGGAUGAAAGUAAAGGCUGAUAGGGAUGAAUCUAGUCCAUAUGCAGCUAUGAUGGCGGCUCAAGAUGUCGCGGCAAAACUCAAGGAGCUUGGUGUCACUGCCAUACACGUUAAACUCAGGGCUACUGGGGGGACUAAAUCUAAGACUCCUGGGCCAGGGGCCCAGUCGGCACUGAGAUCGCUAGCACGUUCAGGGCUGAAAAUUGGACGGAUAGAGGAUGUCACUCCCAUUCCCACGGAUUCCACUAGGCGUAAAUGCGGCCGCAGGGGCCGCAGGUUGUGA